AAUAGAAGUAAUCAGCCUCACCCUUUUAAGCCAUUGCCUUGCGAAACCCUAAACUUUCUCUUUGUCACCCAAGAGUUCGACUUCAGAGGCGCAGGAGGAUCCUUCUGAUCUGCAAACAUGGGUAUCUCUCGUGAUUCGAUGCACAAGAGACGUGCCACUGGUGGCAAGAAGAAGGCCUGGAGAAAGAAGCGAAAGUAUGAGCUUGGAAGACAGCCUGCAAACACUAAAAUAUCGAGCAAUAAGACAGUUAGAAGGGUGAGAGUUCGUGGUGGAAAUGUGAAGUGGCGUGCAUUGAGGUUAGAUACAGGAAACUACUCAUGGGGAAGUGAAGCUGUAACAAGAAAGACACGUAUCUUGGAUGUGGUUUACAAUGCAUCAAACAAUGAAUUGGUGAGGACACAAACACUAGUGAAGAGUGCUAUUGUUCAGGUUGAUGCUGCACCUUUCAAACAAUGGUACCUUCAGCACUAUGGAGUUGACAUUGGUCGCAAGAAGAAAGCUCCAGCUGCUUCUGCUGCUAAGAAAGAGGGAGAGGAAGUAGAAGGUGCUACUGAGGAGACAAAAAAGAGCAAUCAUGUUGCUAGGAAGAUAGAGAAGCGUCAAGAGGAACGCAAACUGGACCCACAUGUUGAAGAGCAAUUUUCAAGUGGUCGUUUAUUGGCUGCUAUUUCAUCACGCCCUGGCCAAUGUGGUCGUGCUGAUGGAUAUAUUUUGGAGGGAAAAGAGCUUGAGUUUUACAUGAAGAAACUCCAGAAGAAGAAAGGAAAGGGUGCUGCUUAAAUUGUUUUUAAUAUGCUUAUUUUUAUUCAGUUUGAGUUUAAUAGAUUUUUAUCUUUCUUUUUUUACCCAGUGAAAGCCAUGAAACUGAAAUUUUGACGUUUUAAAAUGUUGUUUUUGAAUAUUUAAGUCUAUGUAAGAUUUACUCUACUUUUUAUCGAUACCAGUAGUACUAUUGAUUAAAACACG